ACGUGUCUUCGGGGGCUGUGUUGUUGCAAGCUGGGGAAACUUGACAGUUUUCUGCACAUUUCAUGUGUUGUGAACGUUUUGUGUGUGGAAACCGAGUCAAAGAUCUGAAAUGCUAACUGUCACAUCCAUCACAGAGGAUUGAAUCUUGGUUAACGACUGUUCCCAUCAGUGAGACACCCUGUAAUCACCUGCAUAAUGAAGUCAAACCACUGAAGACAUUGGCAGACUGUCUUGGCAGAUGUCACAUAGGCCCAAAUGGCCUCAAUGGAGAGAAAACAGCUGAUUCUCAGUCCAUUUGUUCCACGGCGCAACGCUGUUAGGAAAACAAGUGCCGAAAUAGUCAGUGAAGCCAGACAGUCCCUGCGAGUCCAGUCCACCCAGCGACCGUUUACUCCCAGAGAAGGACACAGGCACCUUUUUGGAAAAAGCUCUGCCCAUGUAGACCGUGACAACAGACCUCCAUCUACCUUCAGUCUUCAUGCUCAAAAUUUUGAUGCUCCUGACUCGAGGCCAGGCUCAGGGACUCGCCUCUCUCCUCUGGACCAUAAGCCACAUUUGCCAGUUCCCUGCAAUGUUGAGGAUCCAUUCAAGGUGUUUCCAAAACCACCCGCUGACCCUCUGGAAGUGAAGAGGGGGCAGCCGCGAACGCGGGCCCGCAUCCUCAGAGCUGGAUCUCUCACCAUACUGUCCCCUGUAGAGGGACACAAAGAUGUGAAAGAGCGAUUAAACCAAGGCCCGGGACAAAAGCAGACGUCUGUGAAACGACUCCCCAGUACAGACCACACCGAGGCCCGCAGUGGUCCUCACAAACCUGGCCCACGCAGGGCAGCAAGUGAAAGAAGAGUAAAGGAGUCUGGUGUUGACCCAGGCGUAAGACCCACAGAGUGCAGAGCAGGACAGAGAACAGAGCUGGGGAAUGGAGACAAAACCAGGAGCACAGAGGAGGAUGCAGAGUCCUUGGUGUGGAAUAAUGUGAUUGCUCCUCUCCUUCGACAAUUAGAGAGUGUGGCUGCAGGCAGCUCCGAGGGUUCGGUGGACCCUCUGUGUGAUUUGUGUGACCGUCUCCAUGGCACCUUGGCAGAAGCGGACAUGCUCGGCCGACGCUGUAAGAGGAGGUCAGGGAUACUUCGAACGCUGUUCUGCCUCAUCGACCUCCACUCUGCCCGGCUCAACCUGCACAUCGCCAAGCUCUGCCUCGCUCUGUGUGUCAGUGGAAAUAACCUGCUCAACAUCUGUAAGCUCAUCUUCCAGAUCAGCCGCAGUGAAAGCAAUGACAUCCUCUUUCAGAACAACUCCAUCAUAGACUCAUUUCUUGGAGUUUUGAGCCAUGAAGAUGUUUCAUCAUCUGGAGAAGCUCUGCUGUACUGUGUUGGGACUCUGAAAUUCCUCUCAGGAAACAGUGCCAUCCUCCGACUCCUGCUGGACAAGAACUGUGUUGGUGUGGCUCAGAAACUCAUCCAGAGGCUCUGUACGGCAGGAGACACCGACUUCACCAUAGCGGGGCACAUCCUCGUACAGCUGACGGCGGCCUUGAGGAACCUUGCAGAUCACCCUGAUGCCCGUCCACUCUUCAUCUCCUUCUCUGUACUGUCAGAGCUCUUUGUGGUGCUGCGUCUUCACCACAAAGACCCAGACAUCUGCACCAACAUCUCCAGAAUAUACAGUAAACUCUCCUCGUACUCGGAGUGCCGCCUCGCUCUGGCCCAGACCCCCGACUGCUUCCAACUAUUAUUAGAACUGCUGAGCAAACAUCACCAAAAACAGGACCUUGUUGUGCGACUUCUCUUCACCCUCGGGAACCUCACAGCCAAAAGCGAUGAAGCUCGCCUGCAGCUAUUUCAGUGCGAGGGCUGCAUGGAGACGCUCCUGCAGCUAUACGCAACGUACCAGCACCGAAACGACUUUCCACACCCACUGAAAGGUCCCCCUCUCCUCAGCAGGCCUCAGGCAUCUUCAGCGAGCGUGCAGGAGGAUGAAGACGUGCUGGUGAAGCUGGUGAGGGUGCUGGCAAACAUGUGCAUCCACCCAGCUGUAGGUCCAACUCUGGCAAACAACACAUGUUGCAUUCAGCUGCUGAUGGAGACACUUGAGCUGAAAACUGUGCUGGAAAGCGAGGAGUUAAUGGUGAAUGUGGCCGCCACCAUCAACAACCUGUCCUUCUACCAGGAGGAAAACUCUGCGCUUAGACGCAGUCAACUCAAUAUCGCAAAGUUGAUGUUGAAGUUGGUGCUCAGCUCCAGUAUGGACGCCAUGCUUGAGGCCACCCGUGUGUAUGGAAAUAUGUCACAGUCCAAAGAUGUACGGGACUUUAUUAUGCAAAACAAAGUGCACCAGUUUGUAGUGACGCUGCUCGACUCAAAAAGCACUGAGAUGUGUUUUUCAGCCUGCGGGGUCCUCACCAACCUGACGCUGGACCCCCCCAACAGGCUCAGUCUCGCAGCGGAGGGGGCUGAUGCCAAGCUUGUGGAUUGUCUGAGAGACUUCGGAGCAGGGGAUUGGCAGCUGGCGGGCCAGGUUUGUCAGGCAUUGUGGAACAUGAGCGGUGGCGGCGGCUCAGAGACGCUGCUGGACACACAGGAGAGAGAGUCUCUGGUGGAGAUCCUCACGACAUACUUAGAUGAAGAGGAGGCUCUGAAGUGGAUAGAGAAUGAAGAUAUCAAGGACUACCAUAGGGCGAACUGGCAGUUACAGUUCUUACCUGUAGCUCAAAAAUUGAUGAAGUCUCUCCAGCCUCUGGAUGGGACAGCCUGACGAAUAUAGUGGGAUGUUGUGGUUUGCGUUAUGUUGUUGUAGAAGCCUUAGCAUUGUUGAUAACUCUCAAACACAAAAUCAAUUCAAACUCAAUUCUGUCUCUCUAAACACGUUUUGCAUUUCUUAGCUUUUUAUCACCUUUGUCUUAACAAUAACAGCUAUAUACUUUGUGUCUGUAAACAUUUAUUUAACUUUGUAUGCACUUUAAUUCCCAUAAAGCUUGCAGAAGGUACCAUCAGAUGUACUUUUAUACAAGCUCUUUGCACAUUUAUAUAACAGACGUUAUCAGUUUUGUUAGCUGACUGUGUUGUAAAGGUUCUUUUAUGAUAAUGUACUCUUGAAAAACAGAUAACUAAACCUGGAAUUUACCUUAACAAAUAAAUGUUUUAUUGUGCAGGGAUUUUGUGACUCUGGAACUUGUACAUAAUAAAAAAAACAUGUGGAAAAACCUG